AUGAAUUUUCUCCACAGUGCUCUGCCAAAAGGCAUCGCUCCCCAAGUCCACGAGAUUGGUGGACCGGCAAUAGGCAUAUCUCCCCAAUACCACGGUAACCUGGGCUCUAUUCCCGAACAGCAUCCUACGGGCGAAGGGGCCAACUAUAACGGAAGCUCGAUCCCAUAUGAGUUCAAGGUGCCGAAACGCCGCAAAGAUGGCGACAAGCCUAAAAAACGGAUUUGGGAGACGUCGUUUGAGGAACGGUUUCUCCACCAAGGCUUACGUCUCUUCAAACACAAUGACAAUGACCACGACCAGGACAAGGACCACCAAUUUCGCCCCUCGCCCGUGUUCUACAAAACGGGCGAGAAAUUCACCGUCAGCUUUCGCGGUCUGCAGCGGCUGAAUCUCCACGCAAUGCAGAGAAAACUAGUGGUUCUUGUGGGAACCCUUGCCAAUCCAAAAUCUGCCGGGCUCCCAGCCCAGCUAGACAAGCUCGAAAGAGCCAUGGCAACGUACGUAUCGGCCCUCCGCGACUGGGAUUACAUGAUGCAGCCAAGGCACGUUGAUCGAUGGGAGGACCCCUGCUUGAUCACCUCGGACCGAGUGCUCGAUCUAUCUUUGAUGAUCGAGGCUGGGCUCGUCCAGGUCAAAGAAUCCAGAGGGGCCAGCGGACCCAAGGACUACGACGAUCCCAUCUUGCCGGGCGACUCCAAGACCUUUGUCGUCAAACAGCAGGAUCUUCAGCUCUUCUUCAAGAGGUUUGUCGCCGCCAUCUUCGGCGGCAUUGCGCUCCUGGGCCCGGUCAUCCUCAUGGUCCUCAAACAAGACAUGCUCACUACCCUUUUGACCGCGUCCGUGUCGGUCAUUCUGUUCGCCUUCGCCUUGGUUUGUUUCUCCGAAGAGUCGGUCGGAUCCCUGAUCGGUCUGGUUGCUGCUUAUACUGCUGUUUUGGUUGUUUUUAUUGGAACCAGUACGCCCGGAGUCAGUUGA